UCAGACCUCACCCGAUCAUUCACCCUUUUUGAUUUGGCCACGCCCACACAUAAUAAUGAUUUUCACAUCUUCAAGAUGAAUGCAAGAGAUGAAAUAAAUGUUGAUGUUAGAAAUGUUGUCCUAAACUUUAAAGGGCAGGAUUAUCAGAUUAACACGUGGCAGUCCAUCUGUGGCACAUGGGACGCAGCCUCUGGUCUGGUGCAACUGUGGGUCGAUGGAAAACCUUCAAGUAUGAAAUUUGCCACUAACUCCCACAUCCAUGGAAUCAUGCUCAUUGUGCUCGGACAGGACCAGGAUUCCUAUGGAGGGAGCUUUGACAAGGCUCGGUCUUUUGUGGGCAUGAUCAGUGACAUGCACAUGUGGGACUAUGUGCUCUCUCCAAUCUACAUAUACAGAUACAGUCAAAAGUUCACUUUUCCAGGUGGAAAUGUACUUAACUGGAAUUCAAUAGAUUUUCAUAUCACAGACAGAGUCCUAAUCCAAGAAGAACAGCAUUUGUAGAAAGUGAAGUAUAUUAUGGUUGCCUAGUUUGGUGGGUUAACUGUGAACGACUGAACUCAUCAAUGCAGUGAUGAAAAUGUCUGGCUGCAAUGACAAACCAUCUCUGCAAACAAUUUCUGAGGACACAACACAACAUUUAUUACCUUCACGCUUUUAAGGGCCAUAGAAUGAAGCUGAUAUCAAGACAAUAACAAACUCAAACAUCAAUAUAAACAUUGAUCUUUACAAUUUUGACACAAUCAUAAUUUGAAACAAAACACAAGUCCACUGAAAAAUUAUGUACAAAAGGACACAAACUAUAGCUACAGUUCCCUUUUCCCCACAACUCGUAAACAAUCUGGAUGUGUGCAAAGGGACUGGACCUCGGUGGGAGUUUGCACGUUCUUCCCGUCCUUGGUAUAUUGAUCACUUUAGUCAAACAAGUUUUGAACGAUUAGGGUAUAUAAAAUGCUAAACAAACUGCUACAUGUUUUCCUUUGUCCCAACAGCAGCAGUUCUCUUAUCCUUUGGUUCUAUUUUCAGUGUAUGUUGUUUUGUUUCUGACACUACACACCUGCAGAUGUCAUUUUUUCACUAAUAAUGUAUUUUUUCAUUCAUGCAGUUCAAUAUGUUUGAUCGGUGAGCAUACAGAGGAUAUGUGUGAAGGAUGUCUUAAAUGCCAUGGAGAAGUUUUGAAUGUAUCAUGUAUUUCAUUGUUUUUAGGUUGAAGAAAAUAAAACAACUACACUCUGAAUUAAAUGUAAAGUAGAUCAGUCUAUUCACAUAGUUGUGUUAUGCU